AUGGAUGAAAUAACAGAACAGCCGCCUUCCGCUUUGAACGAAAGGAUACUCGAAAGCUUAUUAGGGCUUACUGAUCAGGACUUUGACGAAGACAACGAAGAUAAUUUAUUUGGAGAAGAUGAUUGGGAAAUCUCAUUUGAUGAAGUAGAUGAUCAUAUUUCUGAAUUCCAGGAAGAUGAAUUUGUGCGCGAAGCAUUUGCAAAGGGCAUGGAUCUGCGAGAAUAUGCACGAAAUAUAGAAAAAGAAUUGAGUGUAAUUGAACGAGAACAUGAAAUAGAUUAUAUUAAUCAAGCUAAAAAUUUCAUAGAACUUCAUAAUCAGAUCCAGUCAUGUGAUCAAACUCUAGCAACUAUGGAAAAUAUGCUGAGUGUUUUUCAAAUGGAUUUGGGUAACAUUAGUACAGAAAUCCAAACUUUACAGGAUAAAUCAAUUUCAAUGAACAUAAAACUCAAGAAUCGAACAGCUGUGGAAAAAAAAUUAAGCGCAGUUCUAGAAGGAACUGUAAUACCGCCGUCCAUGAUCAAAGUAAUUACGGAGGACGAUGUUGAUGAAGCAUGGUUAGCGUACUUAAUGGAGCUUAAUAAAAAGAUGACCUAUGUAAAAGAUGGACAAACAAAUAACGUUAAGGCGAUUAGAGAUGCAACUGAGAAAAUUCGUGACUUUCUUUUGAACAAAAUACGAUCACUUCGCAUACCAAACACAAAUGUUCAAAUUCUGCAGCAAUCCGUUUUGUUGAAAUAUAAAGCACUUUAUCAAUUCGUGAUAGAGCGAUACAGUGAAGUUGCAUUUGAGAUAAUGCAUAAUUAUAUAAAUACCAUGAGGUGGUACUUUUUCAAUCAUUUUGAGAGAUACAAUCGAACGUUGCAAAAACUUCAAAGCCAAAUCGGAGAUAAAUUUUCAUUGAUCGGAUAUGAUGAAAAUACCAGAAAGGGUGGUCUAUUUGGAUCUGGUAAAAUUGCUUUACAAGACAAGACAAGCAUGUUUGCAUUAGGUGAUAGAAUUGACACACUUCGUAACCAAGAUGCUGGUGUAAUCUUGGUUCAUGUUGCUGAGAAUAAGAAUCAGAAAUAUCCAUAUGAAGCACUAUUCAGGAGCUUUAAUUUAACAUUUAUUGAUAAUGCUAGUUCGGAAUAUCUUUUUAUUGUAGAAUUCUUUGCCAAGGAUGACAAGCCCAAUGUUGAUUGGGCAAGAGAUAUUUUUGCUGAAAUUUUUGAUACAACCAUCAAAAUGGGCUUGAAUUCUACAAAACAAUACGUUGAAACCACUUACGAUGCCAUCGGCAUACUUCUCUGUAUUCGACUUAACACACAAUUUGCAUUAGAAUUACAGAGAAGACGUGUUCCUGCACUUGAAGGAUACACUAAUCAAACAAAUAUGUUAUUAUGGCCUAGAUUUCAAGCUAUCAUGGACAUGCAGAUUGAAAGUUUAAGAAAGGCCACAAACAAAUUAAUAGUUAAAGAUGUUCAUCCACAUCAUAUAGCACGUCGAUAUGGGGAAUUAUCAGCCUCUAUAUUAAUACUUAAUGAAGAUUAUAAUGAUCCAAUUUUGUCGAAUAAUCUGUUGAGAUUACGGAAUGAAUUGGAACAAUUUCUUGAAAAAAUGUCAAAAACUUUUGAUGAAUAUAAAAAUAGCUCGAUAUUCCUUAUUAAUAAUUAUGAUUUGAUAAUUACAAUUUUGGGAGAAACUGGAGGCAAAGCUGUUGAAACUGAAGUCAAUCAUUUUAGAGAGCUUUUAAACGGUAAAAUAUCAGGAUUUGUGGAAGAGGAAUUGCAGCCUUAUUUUGGCAGUUUAAUAUCUUUCAUUAAGCAAGUAGAUCAAGGAAAAGAUAUCUCAGCCAUUGAUUCAAGUGUUUUUGAUCAGAUUUCUUCGGAUUUUGCUGCGACUUGGCGCCAAUCUAUAACUUCUAUUAACACAUCAGUGAUCCAACAUUUUUCAAAUUUUAAGAAUGGCACAUCCAUAUUGCAUGCAGUUUUAGGACAAUUGAUAAUUUAUUAUACAAGGUUUUGUAAUAUACUUGAAGAAAGAAUGAAUGAUGGCAGUAUAAGAAUCAAGCAUCAACCUGUUGGAGUACAAAGUGUUAUGGUAGAAAUAAAAAAGUUUCGAAGUAAUUUUUAA